GCUCCCUCACGCUCGCUCUGCACGCACGCACGCACACUCAAACACAAUCACACUCACGCACUGACGGAGUUUGUUACACACGCGUUUCCACGCGAAGAAGUCCCAGUGGCUUUUACCGGAGCACGAGAUAAAGCACCGAGUAUCCGUGUGAAGAUGGCAUCAGUUACCGACUCGCGUCUCCAGCCGUCACAGAAAGACGCCGCUGACCAAAACUUCGACUACAUGUUUAAACUCCUCAUCAUCGGCAACAGCAGCGUCGGUAAAACCAGCUUCCUGUUUCGCUAUGCGGACGAUUCCUUCACUUCAGCCUUCGUCAGCACGGUGGGGAUCGACUUUAAGGUCAAAACGGUUUUUCGCAACAACAAAAGAAUCAAACUGCAAAUCUGGGACACAGCCGGACAGGAGCGCUACAGAACCAUCACUACAGCGUAUUACAGAGGAGCCAUGGGCUUCCUGCUAAUCUAUGACAUCACAAACCAGGACUCGUUCUUCGCCAUUCAGGACUGGGCCACUCAGAUAAAGACAUACUCAUGGGACAACGCACAGGUGAUUCUGGUGGGCAACAAGUGUGACCUGGAAGAUGACAGACUCAUUCCGACAGAGGACAGUCAGAGAUUGGCUCAUGAACUCGGUUUCCAGUUUUUUGAGGCCAGCGCCAAAGACAACAUCAACGUCAAGCAGGUUUUUGAGUGUCUGGUGGACGUGAUAUGUGACAAGAUGAAUGAAAAUAUGGACGGAGAUGGUCCAGUGUCCAACCACAAAGACUCCAGUCCGCAGGACACGUCCUCUGAGGGACACGCCGGCUGUGCCUGCUAAAACACACUCUUUCCGUCUUUAUCAUGUAGAGGACUUCUCUUCACAUAUUCACGACUACUUGGGAUAAUCUUUCUUUCCUUCUUUUAA